UCCAAAUCUUCAUGCAUGCACACACACAUAGCUUCUCUACAUUUUUCACACCCCCUCCAUUCAAAAACAACAUCCCUCAAUGCAAAUACUCUACUUAACGGCACUGUUACUGUUCGCCGUUACCUCCACCGUCAACUCAUGCCUCCCAUCCGAACUUUCAGCUCUACAAGCCUUCAAGUCAUCACUCCGUGAACCCAACGUCGGUCUAUUCAACUCAUGGACCGGAACCGACUGCUGCCACAACUGGUUCGGCGUCUCCUGCGACCAAAACACCCGUCGUGUCGCCGACAUAAACCUCCGCGCCGGCACUCUCUACACCACCUUCGAAAAAGCACACCGUCCUGGCUACAUGACCGGUUCCAUCUCCCCGGAGAUUUGUAAACUAACUCAAAUCUCCAGCAUUACCAUCACCGAUUGGAAGGGUAUCUCCGGCGAGAUCCCUACUUGCAUUACCUCACUCUCUUUCCUUCGAAUCAUCGACCUCGCCGGAAACCGCUUCUCCGGAAACAUCCCAACCGACAUCGGAAAACUCCUUCACCUCAACCGUUUAAGCCUCGCCGACAACUUAUUCAGCGGCGGAAUCCCAGGUUCGUUGAUCAGUAUAACUAGCUUGACUCAUCUUGACAUCCGGAAUAACCGGAUCUCGGGGUUCAUCCCAACAGGCUUCGGUAAACUUCAGAAUUUGAACCAGGCUUUAUUAAGCGGUAAUCAGUUUCACGGGCCUAUCCCGGGCUCAAUUUCUCAGAUUAACCGUCUUUCAGAUCUGGAUCUAUCUCAAAACCAGUUUACCGGGCCCAUUCCAGACUCAUUGGGCUUAAUGCCUUCCUUGGGGACACUAAAGCUUGAUACGAACCAGCUUUCGGGGAUGAUUCCUAAGACUCUUUUCAGUUCAGGAAUCAGUGACCUAAAUUUGAGUCAUAACAUGUUGGAGGGAAAUAUACCAGAUUUUGGUCCUAGGGCUUAUUUUACUUCAUUAGAUAUCUCCUAUAAUAACCUUAAGGGUGUUAUACCUAAAUCUAUAGCUUCUGCUUCUUAUAUUGGUUACAUGGAUUUGAGCCAUAACCAUCUCUGUGGUCCAGUUCCUAAUGCUAUAAAUUAUUUUGAUGCGUCCUCGUUUGAGUACAAUGAGUGUCUCUGUGGAAAGCCACUCAAUGCCUGCAAAGUUAAUAACCACUAGAAACUCAUACAUACAACUUUGAAUUCUGAUGAUGGCGUUCAACUUAACAGUAUCGGGUUCUGUCUGUUGAAGUAGGUUUUACGUAUUUAAUUAAUGUUUUGGUUAUUAACUUUCUCUCUGUUGUUUGUAUUUUGAGAUAGAAGGAAUUUGUUUAUGUCAUGCAUGCAUGCACAUGCAUGUGUAUAAUGUGUUACGGCGGUAUAUUAUGCAAGGAAGGAAGUAAUAAAAUGUUUUCUUUUGUUGUUUUUUUUUUCUUGUGUUUUGAUUGUAAUUACUACAUGCAUGUUACUUCCGACAGAUUAUGUUGUAUUUUCUGCGUAACAAAACUAAAAUAAAU